AUGUCACGGGAGCUGGCGGGCCCAGGCGAGAGUGGAGACACGCGGCCCAAGGUUUUCUGCCCUUUGUCUUCCUUUCUCCUGGAGGCCGAGACCCCAGCUUUCACUUUCCCCCAGGAGGUUACCAGGUCCGCGACCUCAGUCCCCUGGGCUGGGCGGUGGGCCCCCGGUCCCCGGCGCCUCCUGACCUCUGGCCUCUCGUGCCUGCAGGAUGAGUUCCACCCGUUCAUCGAGGCGCUGCUGCCUCACGUCCGCGCCUUCGCCUACACCUGGUUCAACCUGCAGGCGCGGAAGCGCAAGUAUUUCAAGAAGCACGAGAAGCGGAUGUCGAAGGACGAGGAGCGCGCGGUGAAGGACGAGCUGCUGGGCGAGAAGGCCGAGGUGAAGCAGAAGUGGGCGUCCCGGCUGCUGGCCAAGCUGCGCAAAGACAUCCGGCCCGAGUGCCGCGAGGACUUCGUGCUGGCCAUCACCGGCAAGAAGGCGCCGGGCUGCGUGCUCUCCAACCCCGACCAGAAGGGCAAGAUGCGCCGCAUCGACUGCCUGCGCCAGGCCGACAAGGUGUGGCGGCUGGACCUGGUCAUGGUCAUCCUCUUCAAGGGCAUCCCGCUGGAGAGCACCGACGGCGAGCGGCUGGUCAAGGCGGCGCAGUGCGGCCACCCGGUGCUCUGCGUGCAGCCGCAUCACAUCGGCGUGGCGGUCAAGGAGCUCGACCUCUACCUGGCCUACUUCGUGCGCGAGCGAGACGCGGAGCAGAGCGGUAGUCCCCGGGCAGGGAUGGGCUCCGACCAGGAGGACAGCAAGCCCAUCACGCUGGACACGACCGACUUCCAGGAGAGCUUCGUCACCUCCGGCGUGUUCAGUGUCACCGAGCUCAUCCAGGUGUCCCGGACACCCGUGGUGACUGGAACAGGACCCAACUUCUCCCUGGGGGAGCUGCAGGGGCACCUGGCAUACGACCUGAAUCCAGCCAGCACAGGCAUGAGGAGAACGCUACCGAGCACUUCCUCCAGCGGGAGCAAGCGGCACAAAUCUGGCUCGAUGGAGGAAGACGUGGACACGAGCCCCGGCGGCGAUUACUACACCUCGCCCAGCUCUCCCACGAGUAGCAGCCGCAACUGGACGGAGGACAUGGAAGGAGGCAUCUCGUCCCCGGUGAAGAAAACAGAGAUGGAUAAGUCACCUUUCCACAGCCCGUCUCCCCAGGACUCCCCCCGCCUCUCCAGCUUCACCCAGCACCACCGGCCUGUCAUUGCCGUGCACAGCGGGAUCGCCCGGAGCCCUCACCCCACCUCGGCCCUGCACUUCCCCACGACCUCCAUUCUGCCCCAGACGGCCUCCACCUACUUCCCGCACGCGGCCAUACGCUACCCACCUCACCUCAACCCCCAGGACCCGCUCAAAGAUCUCGUGUCGCUGGCCUGCGACCCAGCCAGCCAGCAACCUGGACCGUUAAAUGGAAGUGGUCAGCUCAAAAUGUCCAGUCACUGCCUUUCUGCUCAGAUGCUGGCGCCCCCGCCCCCUGGGCUGCCGCGGCUGGCGCUCCCCCCUGCCACCAAACCCACCUCCGAGGGAGGAAGCACGUCGCCGACCUCGCCCUCCUACUCUACGCCCGGCACGCCCCCUGCAAACCGUUCCUUUGUGGGAUUAGGACCAAGGGAUCCAGCGGGCAUUUAUCAGGCACAGUCCUGGUAUCUGGGAUAAGAAAGAUUUCUUCCCACGCCCUGCUCCUCCGUCGCGGAAAUCCCAGGGGGCCGCACAGCCGGCCCCUGGCCCACGUUUUCAGUGGAAAGUUACAGCAAGCAA